UGCGCGGGCUGAGUCAGCAUGAGGUUCAUAAAGGCGGCGGCACCGAGUCCCGGGGUGAGUGUUCCGUGGGCAUGGAGCUGCCGGAGCUGGGCCAGCACUGCUCGGAGCGUGCCUGCAGGCAGCUGGAUUUCCUUCCUCUGACGUGUGAUGCAUGUGGGGAUGUCUUCUGUAAAGAUCACAUCCGUUAUGAUGACCACAAGUGCAGCUCUGCCUACAAGAAAAAUGUGCAGGUUCCAGUGUGUCCGCUCUGUAAUGCACCUAUCCCAGUACAGAAGGGGGAAAUACCAGAUAUUGUGGUUGGAGCCCACAUGGACAAAGACUGCAAAUACAAUCCAGCACAGCAGAAGCAGAGGAUCUUCACAAACAAGUGCUUAAAGCCAGGCUGCAAAAGGAAAGAAAUGAUGAAGGUAGUUUGUGAACAGUGUGGUGGCAACUUCUGCAUAAAACAUCGUCAUCCUCUGGAUCAUGACUGUAAAGGGAGCAGCCUCUCCACCUCCAGGGCUGGGUAUGCAGCUCUGAUGAGAGCCUCUGAAACAGUCUUCAAGUCAGUGGGAGCACUAGGAGUGCCAUCUAACGGGAGUCUUCAGUACAACAGAUGCAGAUAGUAGAGGAUCUUCAAAUCUGGAUCAAACCUCUGUCUAAAGUUCACUUUGUCUGUAGCUGUUUAAAAUUUUCUAUGCAAUUAACUUAUUUUUGUGUAAAUGUUUUAUGCAUUCAAUAAACUGUCACUCUUUCAAA